UGCCUCAGAACAAAACUGGUGACUGCAGGACUCAAUUACAGACCUGUUUUUUAAACAACCAAGUGCUACAGCAACUAAAGAGACACAGAAAAAGGUGACAAAGCCAUUACAGACAUGGAAAUUCAGCGAACUGCCUCCUUGUUGGGGACUCCUGGUUCCAUGGAGAGCCUUGAGAAACAACUGAGCUGUCCGAUCUGUUUGGAAAUGUUCACCAAACCAGUUGUGAUCCUGCCCUGUCAACAUAACCUGUGCCGAGGAUGUGCUAGUGACCUUUAUGACUCUCGAAACCCUUAUCGUUUCUCUGGUGGUGUCUUCCGGUGCCCUACUUGUCGUUUUGAAGUGGUUCUUGAUCGUCACGGUGUACAUGGACUUCAAAGAAAUCUUCUAGUGGAGAACAUAAUUGACAUAUACAAACAGCAACAAGAGGGUGGUGGUGGUGGUGGAACCUUAGAAACUUCCAUAAAACCCAAGAGCUCCAAAGAGCCAAUGUGCCAAGAGCAUGAGGAUGAGAAGAUCAACAUCUACUGCGUGACCCACCAAAUUCCCACUUGCUCCAUGUGUAAGGUAUUUGGCCAGCACAAAGACUGUGAGGUGUCACCACUCACUAAUAUCUACCAGGCUCAAAAAGGAGAGCUGAGUAAUGCUAUUGAUACUCUUGUGGCAGAGAAUGGUCGCCUUCAGGCUCUGCUCAACCAGAUGGAGGAUGCCUGCACAGCCAUUCAGGAAAACUCUCAGCAUGCCAAGCAAAAGCUUGGUGAACGAUUUGAUUCUCUGUAUGCAGCCUUGGAAGAGCGUAAGAAUACCCUCUUGGAACGUAUUGGUAAGGAGCAGGAUGAGAAGGUAGCUGCACUCAGAAGUCUGGCCAGGCGUUAUGGAGACCAUCUUCAAACAGCUACAGAGUUGACAGAGACGGCAGUGCGUGCCCUGGAGCAAAGUGGUGCUGCCGAGUUCUUACAAGCCUCCAAGAACCUGAUUGCACAGACAAAGGACACAGCUAAAAGUUCGCUGGCUGAAGAAAGGCCUGAGCCAUGCUUUGAGAGAAUGGACCAUUUCACUCUAGAUACAGAACAUGUGGAGACUUUGUUGUCCAAGAUGGACUUUGGGGGAGAUGAUGAUGAGGAAUAUGAAGAUGCUGAGGAUGAAGAGGAGUGAAUCCUGAAGGGAAAGUGUCAGACUUGAAUGCUGAAUAAAUAAGAUGUAAGGAAGGACAAGCUCAAGAAGGCUAAAGAACCAGAGACCCUAACAAUGACAAUAGGUUUCUUAAGUUUUAAUGUUUGUAUAUCGCUGCUAAGCAGUGUCAGCAUUUCAACUCAUAUGAUCAUAUGAAUAUUUCAGAGUAACAUUUUAUUUAGGUGCCAUUUUUAUACUUUUGUAUUUUAGUUAAUAAUCUUCUGUUGUCCCUUUCAUAGUUAUCUUUUAACUUUUUACAUUAUACUGAGAACGAGAAAUGACAGCGAAGUUAUGUUAUCUCAUUUCGCAAUAUGUGAUUCUGUAUGUUCUGUUUACUCAAAAUGAAUGCUCUAAUUUUAAAAUAAAAUUUUAAAAUAUUA